AUGGUGACGAUUUUCUUUUCGAUUUUCUUCAAACGCAACCUGCUGCUCAAUAUCAUACAAAAUUCUUUAGUGGUGGAUGAUAUAUUUUUGCGUUUGGGCCUAAAACUCGAUUAUCGCAAAGUGCUGUUGUACUCAUUUGUAACUGUGAUGGGCUUACUGCUCUUCAAUGUCGUUUAUCUGUUGGUCAGCUACAUGUUGCUGCGUUCGGCAGAGAUUUGGCCAUCAUUUGUGGUUUUUACUACAUUCGCCUUGCCGCACUUGAAUAUAAGCAUCAUGGUUUUCAAAUUUCUAUGCACCACGCACUUGACACGCACACGGUUCCGAAUGAUGAAUGAGGUCCUGCAGGACAUACUCGACUCGCAUGUCGAGGAGCGUUACGCUGAGGAACUAUCACCCAUGCACUCAGUAAUACGGAUGCAUCGCCAUAGCAUGCCACCUGCACCGUGUGUUAUUCAACCAACCGCCACACCACGUCCACGCUAUAGCGUCACUUCCAUUGUGCGUCAGAAUCCCGAAAGAGCGCUAAAGCAAGUCAGCAAUGUACAUAAUUUGCUUUGCGACAUUUGUUGCACCAUCGAAGACUAUUUCAAUUACCCAAUGCUCGCUAUUAUCGCCAUUUCCUUUUUAUUCAUAUUGUUUGAUGAUUUCUACAUAUUGGAAGCGGUUAUUACGCCGAGUCGCGUGGACAAAUUCGAGGCAGAUGAAUUCUUUGCGUUCUUCUUUACACAAAUGGUAUGGUAUGUGGUGAUUAUCCUACUCAUCGUGGAGGGCAGCAGCAAAACUAUUAGGGAGAGUAAGAGCACUGCGGCCAUUGUGCAUAAAAUACUGAAUAUUUCCGAAGACUCGGCUGUGCAUGAUCGUCUUUUACGCCUAUCGUUACAACUGUCACAUCGACAGGUCACAUUCACUGCAGCUGGGCUGUUCAAGUUAGACCGCACUUUGAUAUUUACGAUAUGUGGCGCGGCUACGUGCUAUCUUAUUAUUUUGAUACAGUUUCGUUCUACGCCCUCGCACUGGGACCGUACGAAUGCAUCGUCCGCCGCUGGAUUGACUCCAGGAUGA